CUGACGUGAGGUGGGUUUUGCAUUUGUCUAUAUCCCGCGUGCUCCAGUAGCAGGUCUCAGGUGUGGCACAGGGAGAACUAGUCCAGUCUAGGCAACUGGGGACCUAGGGCGACCAUUUCACACAUCCGUAAAUCACAAGUAAGGAUAUGAACUGCUUUAACUGGCUGCGUGGACCAAACAUUCAUCUGUCUCCAGGCUGCCCAGCGGCCCUGCCUCCACUCCCAUCCCUCUUACCUUAAAUGGCUUCUUGGGCCUAGAGACGAAAUUCACUUAGACAUCCAGAAGCUGGAGCAAGGGAAUGGACUCAGUGGUCAUUGAGGAUGUGGUCGUGGUCUUUACUCAGGAAGAGUGGGCUUUGCUGGAUCUUGCUCAGAGGAAACUCUACAGAGAUGUGAUGAUGGAAACCUUCAGAAACCUCGCUUCAGUAGUGUCUGAAAACGUUAAUGAUGGAGAAAAAUUACCCAGUGAACGCAUAAUAGUGCAAUUCAUGAAGAAUAACAGCUCGUCCUCUGUGUUAGGAAAAAUCUUCAAAUUGCUUGUCAGUGAAGAUCAGCCUCAAAACCAGGGGAGACGUUCUGGAAGACGUACAGUAGAGACCCUCCAUGAGCAUAAUGAAGGCAAUCAGUAUGGAAAAACCUUCACCCAGAUUCCAAAUAUUACUGUGGUAAAAAGAAAUCUUCCAGAAGUAAAUCAUUUUGAAUGCUGUGAGUGUGGAAAUGCCUUUGUACAUCAGUCAUCACAAAAGCAUCACACCGGAUCUCACACUGGAUACAGUACGUGUCAGUGUAAGGAACAUGGAAAAGCCUGCAGUUGUCCCUCUUAUUUAAGUAUUUCUAUGAGAACUCUUACUGGAAAGAAACCGUAUAAAUGUGAGGUAUGUAGGAAAGAUUUCAUUUGUAUCUCAACCCUGAAGAAUCCUGUGGCAACAGUUACUGGAGAGAAACACUAUGAAUGUAACAAAGGGGGGAAAGAUGUCUGUAGUUUCUCAUCCUUUCUGACACACGCAAGAGGUCAUAAGCAUCAUAAGCAUGAAUGUCGGAAAACCAAUAAUCAUCCUUCGUCCCUUAUUUUAUAUAAAAAAUUUCAUAAUGGAGAUAAGCCUUAUGAAUGUAAGGAAUGUAAGAAAACCUUUAGUCGUUCCUCAGCCCUUAUUACUCAUAGUGGAACUCACAGUAGAGAGAAACCUUAUAAAUGCGAGGAAUGUGGGAAAGCCUUUAGUCAGGUCUCAGGCCUCACUAGACAUACAAAAAGUCACAGUGGAAAGAGGCUUUAUGAAUGUAAGAGACGUGGGAAAGCUUUUAGUCAUGCCUCAUCUCUCACAACACGUAUAAAAAGUCACAGUGGAGAGAGGCCUUAUGAAUGUAAGGAAUGUGGGAAAGCCUUUAGUUGUUCCUCAGCCCUUGCUGCACAUAUAAGAAUUCACACUGGAGAGAAGCCUUAUGAAUGUAAGGAAUGUGGGAAAGCCUUUAGUCAUUCCUCAGCCCUCGCUGCACAUAUAAGAAUUCACACCGGAGAGAAGCCUUAUGAAUGUAAGGAAUGUGGGAAAGCUUUUAGUCAUCUAUCAUACCUAACUAAACAUAUAAGAACUCACAGUGGAGAGAGGCCUCAUAAAUGUAGGGAAUGUGGGAAAGCCUUUAGACAGGCAUCAUCGUUAACUACACAUAUAAGAACUCACAGUGGAGAGAGGCCUUAUAAAUGUAAGGAAUGUGGGAAAGCCUUUAGACAGGCCUCAUCACUCACUACACAUAUAAGAAUUCACAGUGGAGAGAGGCCUUAUGAAUGUAAGGAAUGUGGGAAAGCCUUUAGUCAGGUCUCAGGCCUCACUAGACAUAUAAAAACUCACAGUGGAGAGAGGCCUUACGAAUGUAGAGAAUGUGGGAAAGCCUUUAGUCAUGCCUCAUCCCUCACAACACAUGUAAGAAGUCACAGUGGAGAGAGGCCUUAUGAAUGUAAGCAGUGUGAGAAAGCUUUUAGUCAUCUGUCACACCUCAUUACACAUAAAAGAACUCACAGUGGAGAGAAGCCUUAUGAAUGUAAGGAAUGUGGGAAAGCCUUUAGGCAGGCCUCAUCACUCACUACACAUAUAAGAACUCACAGUGGAGAGAGGCCUUAUGAAUGUAAGGAAUGUGGGAAAGGCUUUAGUUGUUCCUCACAUCUCGUUACACAUAAAAGAACUCACAAUGGAAUGCGGCCUUAUGAAUGUAAGGAAUGUGGGAAAGCCUUUAGUCAUUCCACACACCUCACUGUACACAAAAGAACUCACAGUGGAGACAAACCUUAUAAAUGUGAGGAAUGUGGAAAAGACUUUAGACAGACCUCAACCCUCACUGUACAUAUAAGAACGCACAGUGGAGAGAAACCUUAUGAAUGUAAGAAAUGUGGGAAAGCCUUUAGUCAGUCUGCAAGCCUCACUAUACACUUAAGAACUCACAGUGGAGAGAUGCCUUAUGAAUGUAAGGAAUGUGGGAAAGCCUUUCGUCAGUCUUCAUCCCUCACUACUCAUGUAAGAACUCACGGUGAAAGACCUUAUGAAUGUAAGAAAUGUGGGAAAGCUUUUAAGAAUUUUUCACACCUCACUUCACAUAAAAGCACUCACAGUGGAAAGAGAGCGUAUUAAUGUAAUGAAUGUGAGAAAGAGUUUCAUCACUUCGCAGUCCUUAUUGAAUAUCAGUAAACUUACAGUGCAGAGGGACCUUAUGAAUGUAGUCAAUGUGUAUAAGCUGUUGCUCAUAUCUCUUACCUAAAACUCACAAGGGUAGGCAUAGUGGAAAGAACGCUUAUUAUAUAAGGAACAUGGUAAAGUUUAGUCUUUUCUGCCACUGUGUACAAACUCACAGUGGACAGCGUUUUAUGAAUAUAAGUAAUCUGAGAAAGUGUUCAGAUGUUCUUCGGGACACAUCUGACUAGGCAUUCUAGAAAGAAACAACAAAUGUGUGUUUUGUAUAACUUAUCCAUUUUCUUUUUGCAAACCUGAAAGAAGAUGCAUGCCAGAUUAACCAUGAAAAUGUAAGGAAUGUGGGAAAAUUUGUGUGUUUCAACACAGUCAUUUAAAUUUACAUAUAUGAUAAGCACAUCAGAACAUAUGAGAAGUCACACUGGAGAGACAUCAUAUAAACAAAUGUAAAGGUUCCUGCGAUCACAUACAUGUCUUUUUCUAGUCUUACGCAACAUAUGAGAUAUUAGACUGGAUUCACUGUACGACUUUAAAACGUGAUGGAGGCCUUCAGUGUCCACUUUCUCUCAUGACGUCUACGAGACCUCACAAACUGCUGAGACACAUUAACUGUAAGCAUUCUGAGAAAAACUUCAAUCAUAUAAUAUCCCACUUUGUGCACAAGGAGAUUCAUACUAGGGACAAAAUCUUAUAAAAGUUAAACAUGGGGAUUUAUUACUGCCUUAAUCCCAUGCAAAUUAAGAUCCACUCUUUAUUUUCUGAUGUAAACAUUAAAGUGAUAAAUGCCAGUUGUAAAUAUCCUUUGAAUUUUAAGAAAUGAAUUUUGAUAGUGUUUGCAUUUUGGUUCAUUUAUAUAAAAAUUCUCUUCAUUAAUAUGUUUCAUCAAGAAAUGGGUGUUUUGAAGUUUGUUUUAUUUUUAUCAGCUACGUUGAACUUAUUUUUUCAGAGUAUGAAACAGCACGUUCUCAUUGUAGAAAAUUGUUUUUAUCUGAAAAGCGUGUAGAUAAUUAAAGUCAUUUAUAAUCUGACCACUCUUGGUAUGUUGGGUGUUUACUUUCAGCCUUGUAUGCAAAGCAAUGUUUUUAACAAAAUCAGGAUUGUAGUAUAUGUUUAGUGUUGUUAUGGUGUUGUUCUGCAUUGCAUCUGAUUUUCCUUGACUAUGAUUAUCAUCCUUGCUUUACUGCUGGAGAAACUAUACAGAAAGUUUUAAUUCAAAGUCAUCCCACAGAAGGACUUAAAUGGUUUUGUGACAAACGGUUUUCAUGGAAGGAUUGUUCAUUCUGAGGCCCAAGGCAAUUGUGUGCCAACACAGAGCCCUAGUCUUAGUAAGCUGCAGUGGAGCUUCUGUCCUGCACUGAAGUAGAGCCUGUGCUUAGUGACAGUAUCUUUUUUUUGAUUAUUCUGACAUUCCAAGAAUUGUGCCCACUCAGGAGCUGAGGCUGCAGUUUCUUAACUAGUAUAGUGGUUUCUGCUCCACCUGAUGUGAACACUCUUUCUAGGGCCGGGAGACCAGAGGACACCAGCUAAGCUUCCUAUAUUAGUAGGGACAAGAUAAAUGGCUGUUCCCACAUGCCACUGUGCCACAUGGUGAGCUGGAAGCUGCCUCAUGGACUCUUCAUGUAAGAGACCUUAAAAUGGAGGCUGCAAGUUAGACUUUGCCUUGACCUAGCAAUUCCCCUUGUAGCAUUUUAUGGAAAUCUCUGGGUGCUAUGGUGCUUCCUAUUGAUAACAGUGGUAGUGUAAAUCAGUGUCCACCAGGAAGGAAGUUGUUAGAUAAAUGCGUAGCCACAUAUUAAAAUAGUGAUUGCCACUAAAAGAGUUGUUUUUUCUUAAUUUUUAAAGAGUAAUUCGGUUUUGGAAUGUAAGUUGUUAAAUGCAUUAAAUCUUAUAAUUAGGAGCACAAUGAAAGUACAGAACAGUAGUUUUCUGUUCUCCAAAAAUGUCUUUCAUCCGUCUUUUUAGUGAAAUCUUUGACCAUGAAUCCCUGGCAACAGUCCCAGUACAUAUGAUGUAUAUAGGUUUUUGAUUAUAGAUCCUUUUAUUGGACAUGGAGUCCUGGUGACACAGUGGUUAAGAGCUCGGCAGCUAAUGGCUAGCCGCUCCUUACAAGCUCUAUGGGGCAAUUCUGCUUUGUCCUAUAGGGUCGCCAUAAGUUGGAAUUGACUCUACAACAGCUGGUUUGGUUUCACUUAACCUAAUUGCUUUGAGACUUAUCCAGGUUUAUCAAUGUAUUAAUAGUUCGUUACUUUUUAUUGUGCAGUGUUCUGUUUUAUAGACAUACCACUGUGUGUUCACUAUUUGGAGGAUGUUUUGGUUUCUAGUUGUUACGGUAAUAAAGUUGAUAUGAACAUUUCUGAACAGAUUUUAUGUGAAUGUAAAGUUUUCAUUUCUAGAUUUGUUAUCGUGUGGUAGAUGUAUUGUUAACUGUAUAAGAAACUGUCAAUGUGUUUUUAAAAGAGGCUAUGCCAUUUUGUAUUCUGAAAGCAAUGUAUCAUUUCAGUUGUUGCUGGGAUCUGCAGAGGUUGUUUUCUGGAAGAACUAGUAUCCUUCUGUUUGGAGUAGCAUCAGGGGAAUCAUUCAGUGGGUAGGUCAUCUGACAGGCAACCCUACAUUUGCUGAGGAGAGGGAAUGGCCUGUAGCAAUCUUGCUUAGACCACAGGCCCAUGUGUAUGGGAUUCUGGGUUAUGCCAUCACUGUCGCUUCCAGCCUGGUAUGAAGCCAGGGCUCAACCAAGUCUUUUUAGAAAGAAAAUAGCAUUUGUCAUCCAUUCCCAGCUGCAGAAUGUGGCCACUGCUCUUGUCACCACAGUCCCGGUGACAGUGGCCAUUCCUUUCUUCCUGGUGUAGAAAAUGGAAGUAGAUGGGCUCGUUCGAGAUAACAGGUCAGCCAUUAAUCAGCUGUUUUACCACUCACUUCACCUCUUUUUCUGAAGUUCUCUUUUUAGCACCUACUUGUUCUGGUUGAACCAGCCUCAGUGGGCACUUAGGGGCUGUGGCCAGUCCUAAAUUCCAUCUCAUUUACCCACAUCAACCCACGGCUCAUUCUAAACUGCAGGGAGCAGGGUACCUGCUUGGGGCUUGGGCCCUUGAGGAGGCUGGUUAAGAAAUACAAUUUUGGCCUUUUCAUGUGCUGGGCUCUACUUUGCUGAAAUCUCCACCAGGAAGAAGCAUUUCUACCUUUGUGUUGAGGUGACUCUGGCGUCAGCUUCAUCUUGUCCUCCUCGACAUGGUGAUUCUAGCGUGUUCCAGUGAUCCAGUUUCUCUGGCUUUAGUUGAUGGUGGUUAUUAAUUGCCGUCUGAGCGGUUCUGACUUUAUAAUGACAAUACAUACAAC